AGUUUUCUCCAUAUAAAUAUGAACUUCCUUGUUUCUAUUCCUUUCAAUCGACUUUAAACACUUUAUAAGUUCUUACAAAAAUUCUAAGAAUUAUACAGAAAUGCGAUUUAUUUUAGCAUUUUUAAUUGCUUGUGGAUGUUCUACACAACACUUUAAAAGUUUAGCAAGUGCUAGUGAUGAGUGCUCAUUAACACCUGUUAUUCACGUGCUACAAUAUCCAGGAUGUGUACCAAAACCAAUACCAUCAUUUGCGUGCAUUGGAAAAUGCGGCAGUUAUGUCCAAGUAAGUGGAAGCAAAAUAUGGCAAAUGGAGCGAUCAUGCAACUGCUGUCAAGAGUCUGGUGAAAGAGAAGCGUCCGUUUCACUAUUUUGUCCGAAAGCUAGAACUGGAGAAAGGAAAUUCCGAAAAGUCUCUACUAAAGCUCCAUUAGGCUGCAUGUGUCGUCCAUGUACAACUAUUGAAGAAAAUUCUAUUAUUCCACAAGAACUUGCUUCUUUUGAAGAUGGACCGGCUGGUCUUAUUCGUCAAUCACAAUAUCAAUAGAAAAUAUAAUAAAAUUUGUUGUAACUUAUGUAACUUUUUUUAUCCCAAAUAAAAUGAGCUCAAAUAGCUUUUGUUGUGGAAUUUUGAAC